GUACACUGUAGUUUUUGCGUCUAAAAUACUGGCAAAAAAACCAUGCUAUCAGGACUAAAGAGCAAAAAUUUACUGACUUCUUUAAGAGUAAGCUAAAUUUCUGAAGUUAUUUGAUCUUAGUUUACUUUUGCCCUUAAUAAUUACGUAAAUAUCUUUGUGUUUGUAGUUGUCUGGGUUAGCGAGGAGCGCCUUGAGAACUACUGGGAGUCGGGCUUUCCACUUUAAAGUCGAGGGAAGACGAUCUCAAGAUGGAACAUCGAAGAGUCAGGUUAGAUGUUGCUUUUUGCUUUUUUCUUUUUUCUUACCCCAUUCUAAAUACAUGGUAAACUAUGUCCGAAAAAUGCGUUACCUGACGUUGUUGUUAUGCAAUACCUUUGGGUGUAUUAUUGGACGUGCAGUCUGGCAUGGACCUCUCGGAAGCUGUUUUUUGCAACUUGAUGACUCAAAAAACCUUCUUAUUAAAACUUUGUCAUUUCAUAUGAUUGUUCUUGGUGUUGUAGAUUUUAAACAAAAUGACUUUUUCCCGUGUGAAAUUUGUGGAAUUGCGUGACUGAGGGCCUCAAUACUCUCAAAGCUACAUUUUGUAAGCCAAUUUUUGUUUCACUUCAAAAUUUAAUGUGUGUCUGAGUUGACUCAGGGCUAUCUCUGAAGCUCUUCUUGUAAUAGGUUGUGAAGACUCAAAAUUGAAAGUCCAAGGAACACAGUUUCACUGCAAAUAAGUGUUGAAGGCUUGAAAAAUUGAUUGAUUUUUUUUUAUGUAGGUUAUUUCAGUAGUUGUUGGUUUUGACAUGCAAGAAUACUGGACCAUUACACUUUAUGUUUUCUUUGUCUCUAGUUGUCAAGAGAAUACCCUGUGAUUGAUCACAGCUAUGAUGCCGUGGUUGUUGGAGCAGGUGGCGCUGGAUUGCGUGCAGCAUUUGGUCUUGCUCAUGAAGGUUUCAAGACAGCUUGUAUCACUAAACUGUUUCCUACAAGGUCCCAUACGGUCGCAGCACAGGUAUGUAAAAUUUAUGUAUAAGACAUUUAUUUUUUUUAGCUGAUUAACCCUUUAAGUCUCAAUAUCCACAUGCAAAUUCUCCAGACUGAUCUCUAUAAAUCUCCUUAAAUAAUAAAUUGAGAGAAUUUGAUAAAAGACCAAAGCAUUUACCUUUGUUGUUCAUUUGUUUAUUUCUCGUAACCUUUUCUCUUUUUUGUACUUCAAUAUUAUUAUUAGAAAAAUUGACAUUGAUCACUCUUGCAAAUUGUUCAUUAGGCAUCGAAGAUCAGAGAAUUCCCGUUAACUGCAUAAAAUUCUUCGGCAAAUGUUCUGUAGCCUAUGACUAUUUUUUAUUCCGACAUGGAGCCUCUCUCAAACUAUUCAUCUGUAAUGUUACACCUUUCUCAUGCUACUAGAAUUCUUAGUGAAAACCCAGCUCUUGGGACUUAGAGGGAUAAGUCUGUAAAUUAAAUUUGCGUUUUCAGCGGGGAUGAAAUGCUUGUAUUCUUAAUACAUUAUAUUCUAACAUUAUUGUUUUUGUGUUUUUUCCACAGGGAGGAAUUAAUGCAGCACUGGGAAACAUGGAACCAGAUAAUUGGCGUUGGCACAUGUAAGUAGCUGUUACUGUGCUGUAGAGGAAGUAAGUUCCAGAUUCUUGAUUAUAUAAGCAUUCAAAAUGUAUGCAGCUGGAGUUUGAGCCAUUACUGCCAAGGGGUAUUUUAAAAAUGUCGAAGAACAAGUCAUUCGACGUCAGAGCAAAGUUUGGAGCAAUUUAUAGUGCUUCUAAAACUGAAAAGUACCUUUUAAAGAAUAGCACGAUAGGCAAUCGGCUUUUGUUUUAAGAAUUAGCAAACGUUGAAUUUACUAGUCCUGAAAAUUCAAAGUGGUGACUCCUUCUUCCUGAUAGUAAUUUAUUUUUGAAAUUCCAAAACAAUUUCACAGCUGAAUUUUGAGCGACUUUUAGUUACGGACUUCUGCUCCAACGAUUUUUCUGAAAUUCCUCUGGCUUAUUAAAUUUAUUAUAUCAAUUAAAGCCAAUACCAGAAAUUUCAGUAAAAAAUAUCAGCAAAAUUUUUUACUAGACGCAAUUUUCUUUGAACAGUAGGGUCCUUUUAAGCGCUAAUUUCUCAAGAAAUAUUUACCAUCAAUGAAAUUGGAAUAUUGUGUAUUAUUGCCCAAUGAUAUCUGUUGUUCUUUGCAAAGUUUCGUGGCCAUCGCGUUAAAAACCAGAAAGUUAUGACGGAAAAUUUGUCACAGCAAAAUGCUCUAGUAUUAAUUACGGAGCCACCUUAACGCUUCAGUAAGCCACUCUAGGGAUAAUGUAACAAAAAUUUGAAUAAAAAGUGUUAACCGAAGACUGAACAUAAUCAGCUGAAUAAUGGACAUCCAUUUCCUUGGCCAACUAAGUUGGCCAAGUAAGUUAACCUAUAUGUUAGCAUCAAGUCUUGAUGCUAACAUAUAGGUUUUCUUGGAAUAUAAAGCAACCAUAAUUAUUACAAUAUUAUUAUUUUAUCAGAAUUGGUUUGGUAGAGUGGUCUUAACUGUAUGUACUAGGUGACUGUUUUGAAUUUGCUGUUUAUACUUUCCACCCAAAAACGUUUGUCUUUACUGGCUGAUUGUUAAAGGUAUGACACUGUGAAGGGCAGUGAUUGGCUUGGAGAUCAAGAUGCCAUUCAUUAUAUGACAGAGGAAGCUCCCAAGGCAGUUAUUGAGGUUUGAAAUCAUCACUUCAGCUUGUUUAGUAUUCUAGAUCUAAGGCAAUUACAAUGCAUGUAUUUUUACUCUGGUUGUAUGGCCAAAUUGUAUAGCCAGGUAACAUUGAACCUGCUGCAAAAGGUAGCAAUGGUAAUCAUGCAGUUGAGUGGCAUUUGCUUUUGGCACUGUCACACUCAAAAGACAUGUAUUCAGUAGUAAGACUUGCCAUUUGUUUAUUUCGUCAUGAAGCAAGGUCGAAAGCCUUGCAGAUAGAGGUUUGUCCAAAAUUUACCUUUUGUUUGGAUCAUGGAUGGAUCACUGGGGGUGAAGUGAACACCAUUUUCCUUUAUUUCUAACAGUUUGGCUAGCAACAAAUCCACUACUAAACAAGUUUAGCUCAGUUGUUAUUGCGGCUGUUUUAUAGGUUGAAAGAAAUACUUUUAGUGAUCAAUGUGUGGCAAUUUCUAUUUGAACAACAAGAUUAGGUUUCUAAGUAAUAGCAUUGUCUGAAGAAAUUGAUUGCACCUUAUACUGUAACUAAAAAUAGGCCUUUUCAUGUUGAUUUUAUACAGCUUGAAAAUUAUGGAAUGCCAUUUAGUCGCACAGAAAAGGGCCAAAUAUAUCAGCGAGCAUUUGGUGGACAGAGUUAUGAUUACGGUAAAGGAGGCCAGGCUCACAGGUGCUGUGCUGUUGCCGACAGAACAGGUCACUCUCUUCUUCAUACUCUGUAUGGACAGGUUAGUUUAUUACCAUACUUCAGCAUGUUAAAAGGUAAAGUGCAAGCAUAAGGCAUAUUAACAGGCUCUCUGUUUUCUUGUUUCUUUAAGGCUUAAAAGCUCUCAUUUCUUGAAUUUCCUAGCAAAAACUGCACACAAUGUUUGUUUGGGCUAUUUCCACGUUCUUAAGAGUAGCAGAAACUUCCCGUGCUUCAAAUUAAAGUUCUCUUUUCCUUGUCUUAGUCAUUAAGUUACAACACAGAAUACUUUGUGGAAUACUUUGCACUGGACCUGCUGAUGGACAAAGGAACUUGUGUUGGUGUGAUUGCCUUGUGUCUUGAAGAUGGAUCGCUUCACCGAUUCAAGGCUAAGAACACUGUCAUAGCAACAGGGUAAGACAAGAAAGUCUUUGUGAUUUAAGUGUUCAGCUGUAGGUGAAUUCAUUGAACCCAUCACCAAUAGAUGAACUUGGACAUUGUUGCUUACAAGGUUGGUGGAGCGCAGGUAGUGCUCUAGCAUAAGGAAGGAGGCAUCCAUGGCAACCCGUUAAGUUGCCCCCACCAGGCAACAGGCACCAUCACACUGAACUGUUCAGUGGAAUUGUAUACUUACAGACUAAUACAUGUCAAUCCCUCACAUAAAGAAGACGGGAGGGUAGGGAGAAAAAUAGCACUAAAAUGGCAAGCAAGUGAUGCUGCAAAAGUGGCAUUACUAGAAUUGCAAGCAAGUGACUAUGAUAAGAGUCACAAGAUGGCCCCAGUAAGGGGAAAAUGCCACUCUGUGUAACAAAAGUAAGUAAACUGCUGGCUAGCAUUGAUUCAAGGUUAACUUUACCUAAGUUAUAUUUAGCCACAUUAAAACAAUUCUUAGUUCCUGUACGUUUUUCUAUCCUCUCAAUUGCAUCAAUUCUCUUCUUGUCUUUUCAGUGGUUAUGGUCGUGCCUAUUUCUCUUGUACAUCGGCACAUACCUGUACUGGGGAUGGAACGGCCAUGGUCGCAAGAGCCGGGCUGCCAAACGAAGAUAUGGAAUUUGUGCAGUUUCAUCCGACAGGUACAACUAAAAUUUCCCAAUAAAAAUAUUCUAGGUGCAUUUUAAUCUUCUGUACUUCAUUCUCAAGAUGAUGUUUUAAUCAUAAUUCAGUUUGAGAAGAUUUCACCCAGUCCCUGCUUCAUCGCCAUUAUGAAGUAUCAAUAGUGUUUAUUGUUGUCGAAAACAGUUUUAGUGGGAAAAUUUGAUUAAAAGAAUGUCAGCAAACUUACAGUCAUAAUGAAAGCUUAAGAAAAGAUUAAAAUGUUAUUCUGCUUAAAUAAACGUAGGAAUUUACGGAGCUGGAUGCCUCAUUACUGAAGGAAGCAGAGGUGAAGGAGGAUAUUUAAUCAACAGUGAGGUAAAAAAACUAGGACUGGUUUUUCUUGUAUUUUUGUAGAAUAGUAACGGGCAGCUGGAAUAUUAAAUGUGGAGUUCAAUUAGUGCAUAAGUACUACAUUGUAUUGGCCACACUCUUACAAUAAUAAACUGGUGAAUUAAAAAAGUAUUUGGUUCAUCAGGGUGAGAGAUUCAUGGAGAGGUAUGCACCAACGGCCAAAGAUCUUGCUUCCAGAGAUGUUGUGUCACGAUCAAUGACAAUUGAAAUCAGGGAGGGAAGGUUAGUAUUUCUUUCCAUCUUGAACAUCUAAGAAUUUCCACUAAAGGAUUUACUCAUGUUUACUUGUGUCAUGAAAAAAGAGUAAGGUAAUGUAAGAUUUCCUAUUACCCUAGAAUGUAGGUAAGGUGCCAGAAGCUGCUUGAACACUAGCCUUGAUUCCGACCAAAACUGCCACAAAAAAUUAGAAUAAUAAUGUUGUAGGUGGCCUGUCUGUAGGCUGUAAGUGUGGUAACCUGUUAUUUUCUAGACAAUGAUGUUGAUAUGUAUGUAUCUAAUUGAUUUUGCCUCCACUACUCAACCGGUACACACAAGGCAACAAUGUUCAUAUAUGGGCGCGUGGGCCAGCCAAGCCACCGUGCCGUUUAUUCAACAUAUAUGCAGAUAUGUACAAAUAUCAAGUAAUAUCUAUAAACGAAAGAACAGAAGCACCAAAGCCGGACACGAAAACCCCAAAAAACCAGCAGGUGGAAAAAACACGGGGAACAUGUACCCCCGACCAAGGCAGUGGUGCAACCCAUGGGGUUUUAGGGUAUGCUAGUGCCUAAACUAUAAACAUCAAUAAACACACGAAUAAAAUAAAAGAGAGAAAAGCAACCUAACAUGGUGAAGGCUGACCGUAGAAUGCCUCACCCUCCUAACGACCACGAAUUACAAACUCGAAUCCCAUGACUCACUGCGCACUAACACCCUCCCCAGACCUCUGAUACGUGCUGGCAAAAUAGUAAUUUAUGAUAAUACGGUGUAAUCACAAAUUACAUUUUCCCUCUAGUAUACAUGUUGUUUUGUUAUCACAAAAAGGCUUAGGUACAAUUUUCAAUGAAUAUAAUGUCUUUUUUAAAACUAUUUGUUUUAGGGGAGUUGGUCCUGAUAAGGAUCAUGUGUACCUGCAGCUCUCACAUCUGCCGGCAGAGACUCUCAAGACACGUCUUCCUGGCAUCUCUGAAACAGCCAUGAUUUUUGCUGGUGUAGAUGUAACCCGAGACCCUAUACCUGUGAUACCCACAGUGCAUUACAACAUGGGGGGUAUUCCUACAAACUACAUGGGACAGGUAUUGUAUUAAUCCUUUAAGUCCCAAAAAUCCAGAUACAAAUUCUCCAGACUGAUCUCCAUGCAUUUCCUUGAAACAUUUGGUGAGAGAAUUUGACAAAAGAUCAAAGCAUUGUUUCUUAAGUGAUCACAUUUAUAAUUUUCACAACCUCUUAUAUUGAUUAUGUAUCAGUAUCGACAUUGUUAGGAGAAAAUUGAUGUUGUGGACUCUUGAGACUUAAAUCCAUAAACUACUGUACCUUACUAGUGGUGCUCAGAUGUCAUUAGCAUAUACCACAGACAAUGCUAGACCUCUGGUUAAGUCCAUCCGUAAGGCAGUGCCAAAAUCCUGGGUCCCCAGCUGUGGAGUACGAUUUGAGGACACCUUACGGUGGCCCUUUUAAAAAAGCCCUCACCUGAAUGCUAAUCAGGUGAAAGGAAAAUUCAAAAAACCCUUCCACCACAAUCUGCAAGCGUUUUACCAAUAAUCCUCACUGGCAAUUCUUUAUCAGAUGCUAUUGCAGCAGAGCACCAGACUGCUGACUCAGGUGUUCCAAGAUGAGACAAAUUGGCAGCUUUGCCCUCCCCUCCCCCUUUCAAAUAGGACAUCCCUAUAAAAGACAUGACCUUGUUUCUGAGUAUGAGAAUUAUUUUGACCUUCUUGUAGGCACUGUCAGUCAAGGAUGGCAAAGACGAAGUAGUGCCAGGAUUGUGGGCAGCCGGGGAGUCUGCAUGCGCAUCAGUUCAUGGAGCCAACAGACUUGGAGCGAACUCUCUGCUGGACUUGGUGGUGUUUGGAAGAGCAUGUGCUAACUUCAUUACAAAGUUCCACAAGCCUUCUGAAGCACUUCCUGAUCUCCCUGCAGUAAGUACUUAAACACAUACGCAGUAUCUGAUAGCAAUUUUGAAAAAAAGAAACAAAACACUCAUAAAGGAAGAAAAGACACCCCCUCCCCCCAAUAGCUGUGCAGCUAUUCUUUGUGUCCUAGGAAUGUUCAUACGAUUCACCUAACCCUCCCCUCACUUCUUACUGAGGGAAGGGGAAGAAAAGUAGCCGAGUGCAUUGUAAGUCAAUAAUAGAGAGCUGUAGAUUCUAAGAGGACGACCACUUCAAGUACGAGAUUUUAUUAGUACUCGGUAUAGGGCACAGGCGGAGAUUAGCUUCAUUUUGGUGGGAAAAUGUGGUAGCUGUCAUCAUUCUAAUACAGGCUCAAAUGAAAUAUCGCAGUGACGGAAUCAAGUUAUGAAAUACAUGUAAAGUUAAAAGUUUAUCAUUUUGUGAUUGGGAGAGGGCCUUACUUCAAUGGAAAUAAUCGUGCUAACGUUUUUGCCGAAAAAAAGAAAAAUAAAGCUUUCGGGGGUGAAUAUUUUGUUGACAGCAUUAUGCAAAAAACUUUUAAGUUAAUAAUCUCGUCCUUGUAGUCAUAUUCAUCUUUGAAUCUGAAGGUCUGCACUAGGAUUAUAGAGAGCAUAUCAAGAGAGGAGUAUGUACUCCUCAAGUGUUACAAAAACUUAUCAAGUCAGCUUAGAUAACAUUGCAGUAGGGCAUUAAAAACUGCGCCUGUGGUGAGUGAGUCAUGAUUAUUUAUUUUUGUUUAUUUCUUUUAGAAUGCGGGUGAAGAAUCAGUGUCCAAUUUAGACAAAAUCCGUUAUGCAAAUGGUGGUACUAUGACUUCAGAGUUGAGGCUCAAUAUGCAGAAGGUAAAAAGUUAAAUACUGAUUGUUAUGCGAGUUGUUAAUGGUUUGUAUCGUGAUGUCACCAAUAGAUAGGUGUAGAGAGGUCGCCUGAACAAAGUAAGGGAGCUUUAAGGGAGUGCUGAAUGUAACCAUGACAACCCUGUGAGCGGCAACCACCAGGUGCCAUUACAUUGAGGAUCUCAGCAGAAAGUUUUGUAGAUACUUGCCAUGACUUAUCCUGAGGGAAGGACGGAUGGGAGCAAAACAGCUUAAACGAUUCUAUGUGAACUGCAAUAUGAGGAAAAUGAUUUGACCUCAGCAAAAGCGCUGUAAAAAUUCUGAGGCCCUGUAAAUGCCCAAAGACUGCCCCACAAUGGAUUAGUGGGGAGACCACUGACCAGUACUGUGGGAUGUUUAACUUUGCUAAAUUUCAUUUAGCCACAUUUGUGGUGACUCAAUAGGCCACUUCCAAGAUCCAAAAACCCUCACUGAAAAUCAGGCCAAGUCCAAAACCUUUAUUGUUAAAAUGAGUUUUCAUUGCAUGAGGAUGAAAAUCAAUUCCAUUUCAAAGGCUGAACACUUAACCUUGUUUUGAUACAGAGGCCCGGGGGAACUCGAAAAGAGCCUACUCGCCACGUAAUGCACCUUAUUUGCCCCAAUUUUGUAUAAGCAUUGUUUUCAAUUCCUCUUGGGACAGCUAUAAUACUCAGGAGAAAUGAAUAACAAAGGUUAUGCAAUCUUUUUUGGGGGGGGGGCAGAUGAUGUGCACUAGGGGAAAUGCGCAAGUGGCUUUUUCCUCCCCUGCUAAUUGCCUAUUUCUGGCAACUUGAAAUCGGAAUGAUGGCCUCGGCCUUAGAUCACUUUAUUGUUUUGUUGUUUUCAGACCAUGCAAGAGCACGCUGCUGUGUUCAGAACUGGCUCAGUGCUAAGUGAAGGUUGCAAGAAAAUUGAUGACAUCUACAAUCAAACUGAGGAUCUUAAGGUAAUCCAGUUUUACUCACUUGAUUAGCCUGGGUGGUAGGCGUCGAAAGGGGAGCGGGAGGGAAGUCAAAAGAAAAGGGGGAUUGCCUCUCUCUUAUUUUCUUUGAGCCUGCCACGUAGGCAAUCAGUUAUUGGCAAUUAUAGCCUGAGUAUCAGGUCUUCCUAAAGAGCUCUCUCCCUUUUUCGCUUCCAUCUUUCCUCUUUUCCCCCAGAAACGCCUGAUACUCAGGCUAUGGCAACUAUUGUAUACCUGUCGCUUCCACUCAGUGGGGAUACCAGGGGAAGCAGUGUCUUCUGCGCAUUACUACCCAAUAUUCAUUUUAAAGGAAUUGUUAGUCCUUUCACGGGUUAAAUUUCUUCAUUUUCUUGCAGCUGUAUGAUCGAGGCAUGGUUUGGAAUUCAGAUCUAGUGGAAGCGCUUGAACUGCAGAACCUUCUUAUCAACUGCAAGCAGACUAUGUACAGCGCUGAGGCCCGCAAGGAAAGCCGUGGUGCGCAUGCUCGUGAGGAUUUCAAGGUAUGCUUAAGUCUCCGUUUUUCAUGUCUGCCUCGUGUGAGCAAGCUCUCCGUUUAAGGGAUGUGGGGAUAAGCCACGCGCGAACGGCAGUCGGAAGGAGAUGCUUUGCCAUGGGCUCGCGUGUUUUCCCGCGGCUCGCUUUGCUCGCUACUCAAAAUGGAGAGAGUACUCAGAGGCGACAUGUCUUUCGGGUUUGCGUUUUUUUUUUUUUUCUUCUUUGCUAUUCGAUUCAAAUUGGGACCGGCACAUCAUCGCGUGUAAACCUGCCUAGAUCCGACACCAAAUCAUCCAACCUGUUUACAAAAGGUUAGCCUUGCUACAAGUCGACCUCUUAUAAUUUCUUGAAGCGAGCUUCAAUGAGGUCGCGACAAAGCGAGCGACGAAGUCGCGAGGUUGACUUGUUUCGCCUGAGUGGAUUUGAAUCAUACUGUAAAAUUAAUUCACGCGGGAAAAAACAAAUACGGGCGUCUUUCUAGAGCUUCUCAGGUUACGUCAUACUAAAACCCUCAGUCUCCUAUUGGUCACUUGUCAUAACGUCACUGGUGAAAUUUUUAAUCAGUGAAUUCGCGCAAACAGGUAUGAAAAGUCCUUUAAAAUAAAGGAAAGGUCUGAAUUAAAUAGAGGCUAAAAAACUGGUUAUCGCUUUCAGGAACGUAUUGAUGAGUAUGAUUAUUCCAAGCCACUUGAUGGUCAAACGAAGCGUCCAUUUGACCAGCACUGGAGAAAACACACAUUAGUUUGGACUGACCACAACACAGGAAAGGUAUAAUAAUAUUAAACCUUUUUUUCUUAUAUAAAGGGUGCGUUUCAUUUGGAUGAUCCGGAUCGGGAUCAGUUAUUCGAGAUUAGUCGGAUCAUAGCGCAUCAAAGGAACCGAAGAAUCCACGCUGGCAAAGGAUUCAUCUGUUCAUUUGAUGUACCGUGAUGCAAGUGAUCUAAGAUCACGGAACCUGAUCUGGAUCAUCCAAAAGGAACGCACCCAAAGAAUUUUACCUGUAUAGCAUAACACUCGUUUUCUUUUAAGCCUAUUCGUCCUUGGGAAUUAUUUCGAAAAACGCGUUUUGAAAGUAGUCGAGUCACUUUCUGGUCACGGCCUGGCUACAUAGAGCGACCAGGCCUCAUUUCUUUGGGAAAAGGUUUGUGGGAAAGCUUUUAGAAUCGUGCGAUGAGAUUGUCAUCGGAAUUUUCGGGGUAACUUCACAUGGUUUUGUGUCUGUUUCUCCGACCUCCUUGACUGAAUCGUGGUCAUUCAGGUAUGGUAUGAAAUUAAUCUCUCCUCUCCCCCCUUACACCCCCACCCCCACCUCCUGCACAAGUUACAUGAUAAAUUUGUCCUUGACCGUUAAAAACUGAUAAGGUGACAAGCGAUGCAAGGGAUAGUACGGGUGGUUACUGGCGGUUCGGGGGGAGGGGGUGCGAAUGUGUUGGGUAGCUUUCCUUUUGAUUGUGCCUCUGUCCACAUCGAACUGUUACUGAUCUAUUUGUACCCAUUUAUUUUACCCUCGCAGGUCACAUUGAACUAUCGACCGGUUAUUGACGAAACUUUGGAUCAGAAAGACUGUGCUACAGUUCCCCCUGCAGUCCGCUCAUAUUAGAUAAGAACUGAAGAAAUCCUUGAAACAUUUUCGGGAGGUUAAGCUAUUCUUCCCAUUUGAUCUUGUGCGCAAUAUUUGUAUGUAAAAUGGCACAAGACGCAGAUAACUUAACCUGGUGCAGGAAUUUUUAUACUUGCGGCCUUUUUUUCCUUCGUUGAUAUUCCUCUUGAGGAGGUAAUCAGCAUUUUUUCCCUUUUGUUCUGUUCAUGGCAAACAAAACGCUGUAACAGCAAUACAUCAUAUAUACCUCGUAUAAAUGUGGUUGAAAUUCACAAAAACGUAAGCGUUUAGUUUUUUAAUGAAGCCAUUCAUACUUUUUGGGCGAUUUGGUUCCGUAUUUUAUUCCUUUUUUUCUUGCGCGUUUCUUCUUCUCCUCUUUUUUGUUUUGUUUUUUCUUCUGUUUGUUUACUUGCUCACACAGAGGAUAGCAGUUGUUCAGAUAACGCAAAAUUCGCUGGUGUUUCUCUUUAUGUUUUUAUCCAUUAAUUUGAUAGUAUUGCGCCAAUAUCACGGUCAGAGGGUAAGAAGAAUUAACAGGACGUGUAGAUAAAACAAAAAAUAGCGUUAGUAAUGGGUUAACAGUGAAGUGAUGUUUCUGCAGUAUUAUAUAGCACUGAGCAGAAAUUGAAUAUAUCUAUGUGGUUUUGUCUGACCACUUCUUUUGCCUCGCGCCAACUUUUGGAGAAAAUUAUGUAAUAACUGGAAAACUUUCUACAUAUUAUGCAAUUUAAAGAGAUUUAAGUGAACGAGGAACCUGCAGAAAAAUCCUUGUUGUUGCUUUCGUUAUUCUUUGACCUAUAUUUUCUUUUCCUUUCUACUUUUCAAAGAAACCAACCGAUUAAAACCCACUUUUUGGGAGUAGUGAUUUAAUUCACCUUUAAAUUCAAUCAAGUAGGCGAUGCAGACAGCGUUAUAAUAAAGAGGAAGUUUAGUACUUUUUGCGGGAUUUCUGCUUAUGUUUAAUAUGUGUAAAAGAGUUAAUUUUAAAAACUCAGGGAUAAAAUAAGACUCGAUACCGAGUUAGAGUGUUCCCGUCUUUACAGGCUGGAUUCUGUCAUCAGAUGUAAGAUAAAAAAAAAUAAAGUGAUUGCAAACCAUUGUUGAAUGGUUAGUGUUGACCUGUUGUUUUCUUCGUUUUUAAAUACCAAAGAGCUGAAGCAAAGACGUUUCUGAGCGGUGCACGUCAACCGGAAAUGAGUGUACUUCUUGCAUUCUUGGGUUAUGCUUUCGCCCAAAUUAUCGGGCAAAUCGUCUAUAUAAGAGUAAAGACACUUUGCAGUACAAAUUUAGUAGCGUCAAGGCAUAUCAAAAGCGAAAAGACCUUACUUACGGUCGACGUGAGUGGCUCAAAACGCCUUUGUUAAAUUUCCUUACUGUCUAGACUACUUGUAGUCCGUCUUUUCUCUAAGGAGUCUUAAAAUCCGCCUAGUUCUCAAUCCCAGCUAGCCUCCCAUGCAGGCGUUUUUAGGGGUUCUCCUAUUUCGUUCGUAGGGGAGAGAAAUUACGAGCUCCCCUAAAAGAAUGUAGUCGCCUGGGGGCGGGGGGGUUCUGCCAUAUAUGGGCUAUAAAGGUAUGUGCCGCUGUGAAGGGUAUGGUUUUGAAGCAGUUUACUCUGGGAUAGGGUACAUAAAUCAGAGAGUUUGGGUCUAGAAUAGGAUAUCAUUUUUCAGGAAACUGAUCAGUUAGUUGAAGAUUUUAUCUAGACUAGGGAAACAGCUACUCUAGGAUAGUGGGGAUUUGGGGAGUCUACUCUAGUAUAGGGUAGCAAAAUUCAGCUGAACUAUCUCCGGUACAAGUUAAGGGUUCCAGCGGCACAUCCCCAUCCCGAAAUUCCUAAAGUACCUCCCCCGCGGUGGGUCGGUGCUAUCGCUCUUAACUGCAAUAGCCCCCAUUGCAGGCACUGUAAAUAAUGGUGUAAAUAAUACGUGGGCUGGCUGCAAUGCGGGCUAUCUUUUGUGUAUGUCUUUGGUUUAAUACCAGUGUACCACCACGCUUGAGAUACGUUGUGUGAGAUCAUAGAACAGCCACCCGCCAUUUUGAAUCAGAGCCGGUGGGCCCUGGUGAUGAGAGUGAAACUGAAAAUCUGCAGGAACAAGAUGGCGUAGACGCCAUUUCUAACAGAAACGAACAUGUCAUCGCUGUUCUGAUGUUACGAAAUUCGUUUCACGUGUUUUAUAACGUCUUUCAAAACAGAAUGUACGUUUUAUUGGCAAAAUAAUUAUGGAUACUCAAAUUGGAUCUUCAGCGGCAUCAAACAACCCAGGUUUCUUUCGUUUUAUUUCGAUUCCGCUUCGAUGACUAUUAAAUUCUUUGUUUAAUUUGUUGUGUUUCAAUUUUUUCAACAUAUUCUUUGCAUCACAUCUAUCUUUUAGCAAAUCGCGUCGGUGGAGAUUUUGCCCCUCCUAAGAGACCGAACGUUGGAUCGUUAGGAAGAGCAAUCGCCUUGAGAACAAACUUUUUUCAAGUUCGUCUUCCUAAGGGAGACAUCCAUCACUACGAUUUGUCCAUUUCACCUGAUAAAUGUCCGCGAAGAGUCAAUCGAGAUGUUGUGGAAGCUAUGGUAAGCACGUAUCAUAGAGUCUUUGGAGGACAAAGGCCUGUUUUUGAUGGCAGAAAGAAUCUUUACAGCAGCAAAGCACUUCCGAUCGGCAGGAAACCAGUAAGUGGUUACAGUUCGCGUGUCUUUGUGAUCUCACAGUGUUCACGACGCUUAAAUCUUUUUAUGAUAGAACAUGAUCGGCAAGAAUUAACGUACACUAUAUACAACGUACUCUUCACAUUGGUUGCUUUGUGUGAAACGUAUGAUCAUGAAGGCGAUGAUCAAGAAGAUCGUUUAGUAAUUUGAAAUCAACGGUUGUUCAAUCAGUCACACCGGUCGUUGUGAAAUUCAUUGACUCACCACCGACUCUCAUGCACAUUUAGCAACUGAGUAAAUGAUUUUGUUAUCAAUUUGGUAUUGAUUUUAUUAAUCAUUACUGGUGUUAAGUGCGUUUAUUUCUCGAUUUAUGUUCCAGUAUAGGAUUCGCAGGAAGUUCAGUUCACACGUCCCCUUGCUGAAUGAAGUGUUUACAAUUGUCUCUGUUUACCAUAUUCCUCUAUCCCUGUUAUUUUUAGGUUGAUUUUGUGGUGACACUUCCCACUGAGAACAGCAAGGACAAAACUUUCAAAGUAAGGAUUUUUAUAGAACUGUCAUGGCCACCUUAAGCAGACACAUGGGAAAGCAGAGAAAAAAUUGUUUGCAAAGCAAUUUUUUAUCACAGAAUACCCAGCUACUUAAAACUAUAGCACCUUGACACCAUGGUCCCAUAUUCAUUGAAUAAGAAUGUUAUGUUUUUUAAAACAACAAGCAGUUAAAUGGAAAUGGAGUGCCACCAUAUUUAGCCAGUUGAAUAAGAGAAAAUGUGAGGGUUUUCUCCAGGGAGGACGUGUGUGUCCAUUUAGGGAAGGUACGUCUUUUCUUGGAUGGGGACGGCUGGGGGAUUUUGGUCUUUUUUUCCAAAAGAAAAGUUGGCCCUCCCUUGUGUUAAAUUUAAAAACCUCCAGAUCCCCAACCCCUUUUGGUGACUGACAAAAGUUACAUGUAUGACCCUCCCCUCUCUACUACAAGUCCUGUUCCAUGCUGUAGAAAUCUCAGGGCAUUUCACUUUUGAACCAAAAUGUUUGAAUAUAUGAAUAUAUCUGGAUAUUGAAUGUGUAGACACUGAAACAAGAAAAUGCGAACAAUCAGUAUGGGAUAUUUACGUUUUAUAGCUGAAGUUUGAAUAUGGAGGUACCUAUAAUAAUAAAUCACCAAAUUAAAUCAAAGAAGGUGAAUAGAAAAAUGAAAAGCAACAGCGCAAAAAUCCUCAUUUAAAAAGUUCUGGAAAAGAUGGGUGACUCUCCCCUUAAAUAACUUACAAAGAGGUAUAGCCCUCUUCUUUUGGUGCUCACUUUCACUGAUGACCCUCACCUCUGAGGCCCCAGCCCUUCUCUCCCCUAGAAAAAAUGUACCUUCCCUUUGUGGGGUUCAACUUUAUAGCAGUAGUUCACUAUUUCCUCUUUGUAAACGAUGUGGAAUCCUAUGCCCUUUUCUCCAGCUCUAGCCAAAAAAACCUGAGCUGCAGUGAUUGAAUAACACUAUAACAUUUAGGAGAAAUUGUCUUUUGAUGAUGGAUUAUGACUUCUUCUAAAAUUCCUUUUAUACAUACAUUGUAAAGGGUUGGUCCUCUAUAGUGCAGGAUCUUAACACAUUAUCGUUUAACUCAUGUUCUGUAGGUCACAGUCAAAUGGGUUGCUCAAGUCAGUUUAUUCGCACUGGAGCAAGCCCUAGAAGGAAAACAUAAUCAGAUUCCAUUUGACACCAUUCAAGCCCUUGAUGUUGUGCUGCGACACUUGCCAUCCAUGAAGUACACAUCAAUAGGAAGAUCAUUUUACUCUCCCCCAGAUGGUUAUUACCAUCCUCUAGAGAGUGGACGGGAAGUAUGGUUUGGAUUUCAUCAAAGCGUCAGGCCAUCACAGUGGAAGAUGAUGUUAAACAUUGAUGGUUAGUAUGAUUAAUAUAACACUUGAAAUCAGUGUUCUCCCUAGGUACUUAAGGCUAGGUGGGCCACUUGGCUUAAUUCACUGGAAAAUCGUUGCUGCCUGGCUUAAAAUCCAAAACUUAAUCCCAAAGGAAGCUUAUGUUCACAUCUAGAACUACAAUCUUGGACAAAGUAAAUAAGAAAUUUAUACCCCCCUCUCCACGCUCCCUCCCCAAAUCAGGGAUGGGAAAGUGGCACGUUUUGGCUUUUGCGCGGCUUCAUCCUUGAUUAAGGGGGGAAUGGGGGUUUGCUGUUCCAGUUGUUCUAUCCAAGAUUGUAGGUACUUCGGAGACAAAAUCACUCAAUAAAGUUAAUGAAACACUUUCUAUGGUGUUUUCAUUUGUUUGUUUUCUCAUAAUUAAUUGAUUGUAAGAGUGAUUUGUUCCGUUGGAUGAAUAAACCUGUGAUGCAUUCAUUUCGUCAAACUGCUGCCAUCUUGAAAUUGUCUGAGAAACAAAAGGACCCUUCAAGGAGCUUAAAUGGAGUAAGAACUGAAAUUCCUGCUCGUACAUUUUAUGCAGUGUCACAAAUCACAGUGGAAAACUCAGUCAACCCAAGACACGUGAAACAAAAAGGAAAAGCUUGUCAAAACAAAUUGAUUUCUUUUUUUACUGUGGAAAAGAGACAGAAAAGUGAUGAAAAUCUGGUGGAAGAAGUUCAGUCACCUAAAACGAUACCAACUCUUCUGAAAUCUAUUAAUUCCAAACGCUGAAAAUCAGAAGAAGACUUUGAUUAUGAGAAAGCAGCAGCCAUUUAGGGGGCUCAGAAAAAAACAGAAGAAUAACAGUUACUUGCUAACCAAGUGGAGAACUAAAAUUAAAUUCCCAAGUCUUCAUGAAAUUUUAUUCUGGCUAUAGCUGGCUUCAUACAAACACUGUUAAAAAUCUCAGUCAGAAGACCCCCUGGACUUCCCAAAAUCCUUAGGAGAACACUGGAAAUUAAAUAGUAUUAUUAUGGUGCUAUUUUGUAUUGUCCAGUCACUUCUGCAUCCGGUUUUGGGAUUUGUCACGCAAUUCAUUGAAUAGUUUUGUGUUGGGCCUUCCUCUCUUUCUUCACCUCCCCCCUCUGCCCUCUAAACUCUUCUCCUCCUUAUAUAACCACCAAGGAAGGCCUGAUACUCCGGCUACAGUCACAAUUAAGUCAUCCUAGUCAUCCCAGUCACCAUAGUCAUCAAUCAUCCUAGUCACCAUAGUCAUCCCAGUCUUAGCCUGUUCCAGGCAUUCAGAUAGUAGAGCGCGGGAGAAAAAUUCACGAAGAAAACAAAAACAAGGAGAGACUAGAGGGAGAAGGAGGGAGAGAACUCACUCUCCCCCUCCCAGUGUACUACUUAACUCACCACUUACCGCCGCGCUCUACUAUCUGAACGUCUCGAACAGGCUAUCCCAGUCUACCUAGCCACCCUAAUCUCAUUUGGCUGUUGUAGUGAUUUAUUAUUGCUAAGAGGAAUGGAGGAAUUAAAUUAUACUAAAAAUUAUGGGUGUUUUGUUAACCUAUUAAGUAAUCGUAAGUAAUUAAAAACAAACUCGGUAUGAAUCAACUUGGGUACGAAACGACUAUGAAUCUCUCACAUUACUUAAAAUCAUACUAAAGACAAUCCUAUAUAUAUAUAUUUUUUUUGCAGUGUCAGCCACUGCAUUUUACAAAUGCCAGCCAGUAGUGGAGUUCAUGUGUGAGGUCCUUCGCAAACCACAACAAGAACUUCAGCAGGGAAAACCACUCUCAGAUUCGGAAACAGUUAAAUUAUCCAGAGAGAUUAAAGGUAAACUAAUUAACUUAAUCACUCAAUAGUGACAGUAAUAUGUGACCCUCAUAAAGAAUUUAAGGAUCAACAACAUACAAUAUGGGCAAAUUUUAUUUCUAGAACAAUGAAGGGCAUAGCGUCCUUUUGUUAACGCUUUAAUUUAAUUUGGAAUUCUUUGUUGUAGAUAAGUGCAAUCAAUAUGGAAACAUUUACUGAACCCUAAAAUACAGCACAUGGGCACCUGUAUUGGAACGUUACUCAUGCCCUUUACAUGUGUACCAACAUAAGUCAUCUUAAGUGCACUUAUUCAAAAACACAAAAGCAAAACAUGCAUGAAAAACAUUUUAAUAAGACAAUUGCAUGAUGAUGUCAUUGUACUACAACUACCAACUGUAGUACUACAAUUGUUGUUUUCCUGCAUGCAAUUAAACCUCAGCAGGAAUGGCAAAAAUAAUUUAAAGAAGAAAGCAAAUUGGACAUGAAUUCUCUGGUAGUUAAAGUCGUCAUCGUGAAAAUGGCCUACAGAGCGUUUUCACUCACGUGGCCAGCAUCUAUGCAAAUAUUAUUCAUUGGACCAAAAGAAAGCGUUUACAUAAGGAAAGAGUUCAAAUCCUACAGGGCUGGUUUGGGACACUAACACAGCUGCCGUGACCUCUGGUGAAAACGCUCCGUUGGGCCAGUAAUGUUAAUACAAUAGUGUGGUAGGCGGGCCUAAAAUACAGGUCACUUUUGCACUUGUCAGAGGACAGGUCACCAUAACACAGAUAAAUGAACAGCAUUAAAAGUGUCUUCUAGCCCUAAUCUCUGAACAAAAUGCCCUACUAAAUCGAUGGGAAUCUUUGUGGUUUGGUAAGCUUUUGAUGGAGCAGUGACCUGUACUCUUGACCUGUGGAAUGUGACCUGUACUUUAGACCCGGCGCCAAAUACUUCAGGAACUUAAACACAGUAGAUGGAACUGAAGAUUAAAGUGUGUGUGGGUGAUGAAAGCUGAAUGAAAAUGAGAUGCUGAAGAACUGCUGGAGAAUGAGUUCAAGAAGGGGUGCGAAGAUCAUGAUAUCACCACAGUUUCAAAACAACAACCGGUUCUUUUCAGAGCCACACCGGUUCUGUUAAGAACCUUUAUGUCUUAAAAAGUCAUUGACCAAACAGUGUCCUUUUUGGUACAAAUAAUUUCUAGGGGAAAUUUUGUGUUUAACUGUUUGUCGUAAAAAAGUCACGGUAUUUUGCCCAUUAACGGACUCACCCCUUGUUUAGCCUGAACAUAAUUAUUAAACCUCAGAAAGUAUACUGACCAGUUUGAAGAAAGAAAAUGUGCGCUAUAACUGGAAAACUAGUGUAACAUCGGGAGGUAAAAGUCAUCUGGUGUUUCAAAAAAUAAUGAUGAUGUGCUGGUCAUGUUUUGAGUAUUUGAGUUUUUUUAUGUAAAAUGGCCGUGUCACGGCUCUCGAGUUCAGUUGUGGCUAUAAAGCGCCCUUACUCCGUUACGAAACUCAGCGUUAAGGAAACAAAAUCAAAACUUCGCGGCAAGCAAGUUUGUCUGUCAAGCGUUAAAUCAAACGUUACAAACAACAAAAAUGAAUUUUGAAAAACUGUUAGGCUAACAAGUUUUCAAAAGCUUGACUGAUUCCAAUCCGUUUAAAUCUUCUUUAAAGUUUGUCUAUCCCUGCCUUUGUAUUUUCAGUGUUGUUUUACCUUUUUCUAAUGAUUUUCAGCGGUCAUCGUCAUGUUUCACUCAAGUUGGCGUGCAGUGCCAAUGUUUGAAUUUUGUAUGAUUAAUUUCUUGACACUGCUCCUUUAAACACAGAAGGUACAGGGUAAGGCCCUGGCUUUAAACACCGAGAGUUUCUGGAAAAAUCUAAUGUUAUAAAACUCCGCUGGAAAAGCUGCAAUUUUCUAUGUCUCCUGUCCUAUGUUUUGCCUUGCCUGCAGGUUUGAAAGUAGAGAUUACGCACUGUGGAACUAUGAGGAGAAAAUACCGCGUAAUUAAUGUCACAAAACAGCCCGCUCAUUCUCUGAAGUUUCCUCUCAAACAAAUGGAAACAGGGCAACAACGUGAGAUUACCGUGGCGAGGUACUUUCAAGAGAAACACUCGAGACAACUGCAGUAAGUGUUUUUUCUUCUGUCUUCGCAUCGUUCUUACUUGUAAUAUCUUCUCUAAAAUAACUGCGAGACCGCACUGAUCACGAAGGGAGAGCAAAAACUGAGACUUCUUUAUUGCGUUCCCAACAAAUUUAAGUUUUUUUAGAGACAGCUGUUGUAAAGGGAGUAACAACUUCGACGGCUGUAGCAACCUUUUUGUUUGUUCAUUUGGCUAUAGGAUUAUAUAGAGGAGGUUUCUAAUUCUGAAUAUUCAAUCCGAAUGCUCUACAUUGAGCAAGCCAUGUUUACUUUCGUAAAAACCUAAGUCUAUCAAGAACAACAGCAACAACAACUGAAAAGUUUAAUCGAAGUGCACUUUGAAAAAAAAGGGAUAAUUUAAAGGGAUUAAAUGAAUUACUGUAAAGAUAGAAUUAUUCUUUCUAAAUGAUGUUUAUUCUUCAAUAAAUAUCACACUCAGUGGUUUUGAAAUCGAAUCCAGAAUUUCCGGAAUUUCCAGUUUUCCCAUGUAAAUGAUAAGUAUCCCAGCAAAUCCACUCGGUCACGCUGCCUCACAGUAAAGUUAAAUAAUCUCAUACAUUUACAGGUACCCGCAUCUGCCGUGUCUUCAAGUUGGACAAGAACAAAAACACACCUACCUCCCCAUGGAAGUUUGUAACCUUGUGGCUGGUCAGCGGUGCAUAAAGAGACUAUCUGAUCAGCAGACAGCGAGAAUGAUCCGAGCUACAGCGAGGAAAGCCCCGGAUAGAGAGCAAGAGAUUGUGAACUUGGUGAGCAGUUGAUUUAAAAGAAUUGUGAAUGAAAUUUCUCAAAAUUCAUUCUGUAGAAACCGCAGCUAUAUAUUGAGUGAACAUUUUAACAACUGCUCGAAACAUAAAUGUUGAGAAGGUAUAGAUAACUCGGAAGAAAGGGCGCACGGAUGGACAAACUAGAAGAGGAUUGAAACGUACUGCAAUUGACAUUUUUAAAGACUUGUUGGCCUAACAGUUUUCUAAAGUGCAUUUUUGUCGUUUGCAACGUUUGAUAAGCUGUGAGUUUGUCAUUCGCAAGUUAUUUCAAAAGUUCCAAAGCGAAUAAGGAUGUGCAAUUGGCAUUAUUAUAAACGAAAUGAACAAGACAAGCGUGACACAGUCCCUUUAAGUUCACAAAAGUUGUUCAGAAGAUGAAUAGUGCUAUCCACUGCCGGGAUAAAUCUCCCUUCUAUGCAGUUGAUAUAAAGGCAAAGGCGAUUGCUUUCCGUACCUCCUAUCCCGUGUAGAAUAAAGAGAUUUUAAGUCAAGUUUACGAUAAACGGCAAAUUCAGCUUUAAGAGAGACUAAAUAAAAAUUUUAUUCAUGUGAAUGCACUACUUAAGAGGUUUCAUUUGAAUGGUCACAACUUAGACUUUUGUCCACAGUAAUAUCCUAACAUGUGUUUGUGCAAAAGAAUGUGUUUUUCGGCAAUUAUAAUGCUUAAAAUACCUCUUGGUCCAGCCAAGUCCCCAGGUGUUCUCGGCUCAAUCAAUCCUGAACUCUUCCGCGAGCUGUGACGUCACCGACCCUUUCUUAGACUUCGCGCGGACAACGGGGCAAGAGAGACACUUAGAGACUAGGCUACCCUUGAUCUAUAUGUUUAAACUUUGUUUUAUUCGUCCGGUUGGUGUCUAGGUCAGAAGAGCUGACUUCAGCAAUGAUCCUUAUGCCAGCGACUUCGGAAUUUCAAUUAGUGACAAAAUGGUUGAACUUCAAGGACGAGUUUUAGAUGCUCCAAAACUGCAAUAUGGUGGAAGAGUAAGUACUUGUAGUUUUAAUAAUCACAAUCCAAGGGUGUAUUUUUGCAUCGCUUCCAGUUCUUUUUACAGUCUUUACACUGGGCAGGACUCGUAUAUUCUUAAGGAUAAACCUUUGUUCACACAUGUGCUAUCCUUUACGCCGGAUUUUUGAUAAGCCAGAAAAAACAGCCAACAUUUAGCGACACCACCAACGGUUUCUCCGCGGAAUGAUGUCGGAGGAACGAGCGCAGAAAUUCCAUACUUAUAACGCGUCACUACCCUGAUGUGAGUUGAGCUUCUGAUUGGUGGUAAAGACACCAAGACCGUUUCCUUUUGGUACAAAAUCGGCGAAGGGCCAUGUUGCACCGCUUUAGAGAAGGAUUCCGUGUGAACAGACCCUGUCACUUCCCCGUUUGGCUCCGCUGUAGAGGAAAAAGUCAAAAAACGGGGCCAAAUAGGAAAAAUAUCGACGAGGGAAGCGAGCCCAGCGGUGGCGUGGGGAGGGGAAAGGAUUGCGGAACCUGUUUCCAGACUACCUCUCGGCUCGCUUCGCUUGCCGAUUUCUUUUUCGCCCACACCACGCCAAUGCGGAGCCUGGUCCGGUGCUAGGGUUCUGUUGAGUAUUACUUUCUUAGCAAAGUUAAGUAUUAACUUGCUUUCCUUUUAUUUUCUUUAGGACAGGCCAAAGGUAUCUCCUGUAAAAGGUAAGAGGGAUCAAUCAUGAGAUGUUUGUCGUAAGAGCGUGUGUACAAUACGAAUUAAUUGAAGCGCUGUUUUUGUAGGUUUUCUCCCCUGUUCCGAUCUGGAAAUUGUCUCCCACUUUGUUGGAGGGGGAGGGGGGAGGGGGUUGGGCACAGGUUGUUGGAACUUUCAAAUGUCACUCCUCUAAAGUACAAUGUUAGUUUAGUUACAUGUAGGAUUUUAGGUUUUUAUUGUCCAAAAGCUGCUUUCUAGACAUUGAAGUGCUUUCAAAACUGCAUUUUGAAACAGUAUGGUUUUGACAUUUUGCACCGCGACACUACUCGUAGGUCACCGUCGACAGGGUCUUUGCUUGAAAAUUGUGCUGACCGUUAGUUUUUAUUUCAACUCCCAGGUACAUGGGAUAUGCGAGGAAAACAGCUCUUUCAUGGCAUUGAGAUAAAAAAUUGGGCGAUCGUCUGCUUUGCGAAUCCUCAAGACUGUAACGAAAGAGCUCUGCGGCACUUCUCCAAUCAGCUGAUGAAGAUUUCUGGCGAAACUGGAAUGCCGAUCAGAUCGGGGCCUUGCUUUUGUAGAUACGCCAGGAGAGCUGACGAGGUAAGCAAUUAGAUUCCGCUGUUUUUGUUUGUCUGUCUGUCUGUUUGUUUGUUUGUUUCUUUCCCGUCGUUUGUUAUUACAUGUGUGUGUUGAUUAUUACAGGGUUUGCAAAUUUUAUUGAUGAGUGGAGUCGGUGUGACUUCUGCUUUACAAAUUUUGGAGUCAUUUUGUAAUAUUUGGAGUCAGGUAUCACAACGAAAAAAGCCAUUUUCAGACUUUCCGGCACGUGGUCCUGGCAUGUAUACACUAUCGUGAGGGAUACACGAACUAGCUGUGAUGGUCCGCUGACCUGGAAAGCUCAAAUCCAUGAUGGCGGUCAUCGAGGAAACUUUGAUCGUAAUUUACCCUCUUCCUGUUUUGUCGUGCAGUAUAAUUCUUUAAUUUCGAUGAUUUAAUUAAGGUUUACAACGUUCACAAUUAACGUAAAUUGUAUUUGUUGCGAAAAAGGUAAGGACAAAACCGUGUUUGUUACCGAAAAUUUCUGGAGUCAAAGUGGCUCCCUGUUUGUUACCGAAAAUUUCUGAAGUGACUCCCUCCGUAACCUCAGUGGAGUCAUCUGAACAAUUUUGGCGUAAAUUACGCCAAAUUUGGCGUAUUUGCGAACCCUGUUAUUAGUUAACAAAGUGUAAAUCCGAAACAGGCUAAAGUCAAAUGAAACCACACGUUGUCGUUUUUCUUUUCGAUGUUUUUUGUUUCUUUGUCUAGGUUCUGUUUGAUUCCUUCUCCGACAGUCUCGUUUACUCGGUGAUCUUAACUUCAUUCAAUUGUGCUGUUCUCUUAUUUUGCAUAGGUUGAGCCUAUGUUCCAACGUUUAAUUUCAUCGUUCAGUAAUCUGCAGCUUAUCAUUCUUGUUUUGCCUGGUAAAACACCUGUUUACGGUAAGUUAUGAUCAGUCUUGCAAAAAUACGCAUUGUUUCUUUAAAAUUAAAGAAGACAUUCCAGUGCGCGGUAUAACACCCCGGCAACAUUCCUCUGUUUUUGAUCAACCAGGAAAUCUUAGGUUUUGCACAAAACCAAUUCUGGCCCAUGACGAAACUUAAGUUCUAAGAGCCUGUUCAGCCCGGCUAGCACGACUGGCCCGCUCCAAGGGCCUAGCUCGGCUCAUAACUUGCGUCCUUAUAAAAUUGUCCUCGUGUUUAUCUGAGAAGGGGGCUGGCCUGGCUUGUCGUGAUCCUGGCUGUUUGAGCCAAUAUCUCGACAUAGCCCUCCUCCUCACAUAAACGCAACGAGAAACAUUAAGAGGACGCAAGGCAUGAGCCGAGCCAGCCCAGUUAAACAGUGAAGUCGCGUUGCCUCGCUAAAUCUGCCUACCGUGUCUCGGUGUAACAUGUUAUGACAUUUAAAUUGCGAAUGCCUUAAUAUCGUCCCCAUUCUUUUCCUUUUUUAUCCUUCUCACAGCGGAAGUAAAGCGAGUAGGUGAUACAGCACUGGGUAUUGCAACACAGUGUGUACAAGCCAAGAAUGUGACAAAAUGUCAACCUCCUACUCUCUCUAACCUGUGUCUUAAAAUAAACGCAAAACUCGGUGGAAUAAACAACAUUCUGGCUCCGGAUGUACGGUAUGGUUUUUUGAAUGAAUAAUAAUAAUAAUGCAUUUAUGUAGCGUCUUUUCCCAGUGGUACAAAAACGCUUAAUAGAUAAAGUAAUUAAUUAGUAUAGGUAAUAGCAUGAUUUGUAGUGAUAUUUGGCAUAAAUACCACGAGUAAUAUUUCAAAAUUGUUAUACGUAAUUUCACGAGCCGUUAGGCGAGUGAAAUUGUAGACAAUUUUGAAAUAUCACGAGUGGUACUUAUGCCAAAUAUCACGUACAAAUCAUGCUAUUAAUAAUAUUGUUUAUACUACUACCCUUAGAAGGUUUGUAAUUUUCACAUGUAGGUAUUUCAAAUUAAGCUGAAAUACCACUGCUCUAAACCAAUCAAAUUGCAGAAAUUUCUCAUGUAGUAGUAUAAAUUAAUUAAUUGAUUGAUUAACAAACAUUAACAAACAUUAGCCUGAGAAAACAGCCGUCAUUUCGCGACGCCAUCUUUGGCUUCCCCGCGAAAUGACGUCUGAGGAAAGAGCGCAGAAAUUCCAUUUUGAUGACGUGUCAUUGCCUAGGUCUUGAUAGUGCCUCUGAUUAGUUGAGGCAAAUUUCUCUCCAUGGCGCGGCCAAUCAGAAGCCUUACCCAUAUCUGAGUAGUUACACGUCAUCAGUAUGGGAUUUCUGCACUCGUUCCUUAAAAUGUCAUUUCGCGGGGAAAUCAGUGGCGGCAUCGAUAAAUUUCGAGCUAAUUUCGGUUGCUUUCUAAGGCUAGAGAAAUUUAUAAAUAGAAAAAAGGUGGAGUGGAGACACAUCCACUGUCCGGUUCUUCGUCUAGAAUUUCGGAUUGAAUUGGAAUUUGUUACAGUACCGUUUAAAAGUAACUUGAUACUCCAUUCCCGAUCCUCGCAUGAAUAAAGAAUGGAGUCGAGAAUCGAAACUCUAUUAUUCAUUCCAAACCGGAAUGCCCUUUGUUAAGUUUUGUGAUUUUUGCAGAGCUUAUAAAUAAUUUAUUGAUUUCGUUUUAACAGACUUCCGUUGUUUCGCGAGCCUGUGAUUUUCCUUGGAGCAGAUGUAACUCACCCAGCCGCUGGCGACGAGAAGCGACCAUCCAUCGCUGCUGUAAGAGGAAUUUUGCUUUUCUUAAAAUGUAAAUGAAAAAUAAAGCGUAAAUGAUUUAAACUGAGGUAGCUUUUUUGACGUCUUAGGUUGUUGGUAGCAUGGAUGCUCAUCCCAGUCGCUAUUAUGCUUCAGUGCGCGUACAAACACACCGACAGGUAUGUAUGCAGUAAGUAAAGAACUUCAAAACUAUAGGCUGUAUUGUAGGACAGUUACACACGUGUCCCUCAGUCGUCUUAGAAUGACAGGUUAACCCUUACAAUAUUCAAACACAACCAGGGUUUAAUAAAAUGAUUGCCAAAGGGGAAAUGCCUUGAUCUUUUAAGAACUUCUCUCAGUUAAUUUAAGUAAUGUAAUGAGAUCAGUCUGGAGAAUUUCUAUGUGAAUAUUUGGGCUCAAAGAGUUUGGCGUAAAACUGAUACAGUCGACUCCCGAUAAGUCGAACCUUCAAGGGAAAUCGAAAAAAGGUUCGAGUUAUCGGGAGGACGAAGAAAAUAGCCGAGAAUAAGGUAAAAAACAGUUUUUACUGCACAGUGAACAUUUUAAUCACAUUUGAUUGUAGAAAUGUCACGUGAAAAUUAAAAGAUACUUCUAAAUUAUAAAUCAGAACGUAUAACGUAACAAAACAUAGCCUAAAUAGAGUAUGCGUUUUACUGUUUUGGAAAGAAAAGCUGCUUCACGUUAGCCUGUGACAAUCAACAUUAGCCUCCACUAGUAAACUACACUCCUACAACACGUCAAGAGGAAAUCCAAAAUUCUAUGUUUCGGACGCCCGUAGACGGCUUUUUUUCCCGACUUUUUAAGGGCUACAAAACAUGGUUCGAGUUAUCAAGGGCAAAAUUUUAUAGAAAAUGACCUAAGGGGAAACGAAAAUUGGUUCGAGUUAGCGGGAGUUCGAGUUAUCGAGGGUUCGAGUUACCGAGGGUGAAAUUACAGUGAAUGUAUGACGGAAAUCAAGGGGAAAUCGAUUUUGGUUCGAGUUAGCACGAGGUUCGAGUCAGCGAGGGUUGGAGUUAUCGGGAGUCGACUGUAUAUGAUAGGGAGCAGACUGUAAGAUGGGAUUUCUUUAAAGUAUUGUUGGUUUUUCACAACCUAUUGAAAUCUUCCCCGAAAAUAGGAAAGUGAACGGAAAGCUGCGUAGUCUGGUACUGUCGUUUUCUUAAACUUGGACUUUGCUGCCUUUAUCUAGUUGGGGGUUCUUUUCUUUCCACGUUCUGAUUUCUUUGUAUUUUCUUAAUUCCAGGAAAUCAUUGCAGAACUGGCAGCUAUGGUUCGCGAACUACUGAUUCAGUUUUAUCGUUCAACAAAGCACAAGCCGAUGAGGAUUAUUUUCUACCGAGACGGAGUCAGUGAAGGACAGUUUAGACAGGUGAGUCCGUUCGACUCUUAAUAAAUUCCCCUUUGACAAGUAACUAGACACACUCGUAUAUUUAUGGAAAUAGCUGCGAAAAUAUGUUUUGAAAAGGUUUCAAGCCAUUAACCGUUGCCUGUGAAAGAUGUGAGCCUAAUAAUCCCGGCUCUAAUAAGCCUUAUUUUCCUUUUCUGUCGUUGUCUUCCCUGGGUGCCAGAAAUUUCCUGCGCGGUUUCCGGAUUCGGUCAAGUCUUUUUUCGCGGCUUCCGCCUUUGGCCGAACGUCUGAAGCAUCCCGACGCACGCGACAGCACCAAAGCUAGCAGAAACCUUAUUUAAGUAAAAGUACUAAAAAAAAUAUGGUUGCUUACCAAAAGUCAGAACUGGUUAGCCGGACUCGUCAUUUGAAAUAGAUCUUUCUCGAGAGUUUUCGCUAUAAACCUACCACCGCGAAGCAGUGUUAUUUCAAGGAGUUAACGGAUGUGUCUGGACAAAUCAAUAGUAGAAAAUUAAUAAAUUAAGUUAAUAGCAAAACUCUCUGUACAAAGAAACUGAAUCGGAUCAUGAAAAAUCCGGAAGUUCUGGUCAGAAAAGCAAAUGGUUCGCGACAUUCCGUUUUGGGGGGCCUCGAAAAACAUGGGCUGUGAUUUGAGACGAUGCAAUUCUUUUACCCUUUUUAAUCUGUUCGAUAUACAUUGUAGUAGGUCUCUCUCCCACCACGUCAAAUUUUAUAGUUUAUGUUUAUGCACAAGAUUUCCACCAGGGUGGUUUGUGUAAAUAGUAAACAUCCAAGGUCUCUUUUCUUAAACAGGGUAGCAAAAUUAUCUUUUAUUGUCAGUCUUAAACGGGAUCCAGAAUUGAAGGCCAGCGGCGGCAGACCUCUACCUAAACUUAGGGGUAGGUGCCUUCUACUAGGUCACAAUGAUCAUUUCUUUACUGGCGCGUUUUUUCACCAGGUCCUAAGUCAUGAACUGAAAGCAAUCCGUGAAGCUUGUAUCAAACUGGAGGUCGGGUACCAGCCUGGGAUCACAUUUAUUGUAGUGCAAAAGCGACAUCAUACAAGGUUGUUUUGUCAGGAUGGGCAAGACAAGGUAGGAGGGUGUCAAACAAAUGAACUCAGGUCUGAAAAAAAGGACAAACGGAAAACAGAAGCAUCUAUUGUCCACGUAUCUUUUACUAUUUUUCAAAGCUGCCUUAACACAGGAUUAAACAACACAAUUAUUUUGCGCAUGAGGUGUUGAUGUUGCAUCUUCGUCACAAAUCAUGCUAUGAACAUCAAACCUACAUUUUAAACGGUCAUAUCGUAUUUCCUCGAUUAAGCGCCUUAUUUACAAUUUCGGCUAAAAGGAUGGGUGCCUAUUGGAAGGAGGGAACUUAUUCGAGGGGGGCGCUUAUUAAGUUCACCUGUUGGUAAUCAUCAAGCGUACCUUAGUUCCACGCGGUUUACACACAGAGAUAUAAAUAAAGUGACAAUAGAAACAGGUUUUCCUUGUACCCUACCAUGAAAAAACGUAUGGGGGAGGGAAGGAGGCGCUUAUUUGAUAUUUUGGACAAUGGGGUGGGCGCUGAUUAGAGCGUGGGCGCUUAUUCGAGGAAAUGUGUUAUAUUAUAAAUAGUUCAGACGCACGAGAUCGUCACGUGCAACGUUGUCCGUUAUUUGAUUUGUAUAAUUUUUGGCAAACAAAACAAUAAACAAUAAACAAUAAAGCGUUUUGUUCGGCUUGUACGUGUCACUCUUUCUUUGAGGUUGAUUGAUUUGAAGUCUCCGCGUUUUCUUGUUUUUCAUUCUUCAGUGUGGUGCAAGUGGCAACGUUCCUCCUGGAACCACCGUUGACACCGGCAUAACACACCCAACCGAGUUUGAUUUCUACCUCUGCAGCCACGCGGGUAUCCAGGUAAGAUAGUACUUUGCAAACUAGUGGGGUAGAUUUAUUUUCAAUAAGUCUCUUUGUCACGCUAUUUGCUGUUUUUUUAAAACAGCUUAAACGUUUUCCGCAUCAAUUGAAUUCCAAAAAUAAUGUUCCAGUUUUGUUCCUGUUUCCUGUCUUUUGUUGCAAGGGAUGGUAAGGAUGCACAUGGAUUGAAAGUUGGUUUCUGGGAAACUGCCCUCCUACCCCUUCCCUAAGUUAACAUGAACACUUACUUCUCACUUAGGGCAAAAUGUUGGCUUAGGGGAGGGGUAGUUGGGCAGUUUCUCAGAAACCUAAACUGAUCCAAAAACGUAUUAUGGUUAGUUCUCCCUGAUUCUAUUUAUUUGAAAUCUUUUACAUAACUCUACAGCAGCCUUGUAUUUAUGGUUAGAGGCACUAACUAAUGCCUUUAGCACGGAAUUUAGCUCAGAAGGUUUUGGGGGUGUUCCGGGGUCCCGGGUUUUAGAACAUGGCGAUCAUUGAUGUCGUCACUUGUUUCCAUCCGCCAAACUGACAUUUUCCUCUCAGUGGCUCUCACAAGACAUUUCACUUUUCUUACAUGAAAUUUCUCUGUCUCUUGAAAUUUCUGUUCAUAAAAGUCUAAGUCUCUUCAAUUUUUAAGGAAAAAAAAUUCAGGAUGGCACGAGUAGUAUUCAGUCUCGGAGCAUCGGCUCUGCAGUGCGUCACUUUAACUCCGACACCACCGAGGAUUUACUGACAAUGAAAUGUUUGAUUUGAACAUAUAUAACAACAACCCUAACCCUUACUUUGUGUGCGAAUCAUUAAUCUGUCAAUGUCAAUUUGACGGAUGGAAAUAAGUGUUCUAUAGAUGCUAACAGUCCGUACACCGUGAUCUUAUUAGGGAACCAGUAGGCCAUCUCACUACCAUGUGCUGUGGGACGACAACAACUUCAAAGCCGACGAGAUUCAAUCCCUGACCUACCAACUGUGUCACACCUAUGUGAGGUGCACGCGCGCUGUGUCGAUACCGGCACCAGCGUAUUAUGCGCAUCUGGUGGCGUUCAGAGCAAGGUUCCACCUGACAGAAAGGGAACGAGAAAGGUAAGGGACUGGGCGCAAGUUUGGUGAAAAGAUUGCUCCCGUACUUUAUGCAUCGCUGUCUUCGAGGAGAUGAACGAAUCAACGUAACAACAAAUCUAAUUCAUUUCAUCUUCACCUUCCCCGGGUACAGUAAAAACCCACGAGCAAGAACCUACAUUUUGCAGGGUUAGCCUAAACAGGUUCUUACAUAAAUGGUGGUUAACAUAAAUUUAGGCUAUCUAGGUUCUUAACAGGUUCUUAAUUUCUUGCAAAAAAUUAUGUCGUUGCUAAGAAGAUUUUAGUGAUCAGCACCCUUAAAUUUGCAUACCUAAUUUAAUAUGACCAUAAUAGAGAUCUAUUCUCACAUGAAUUUUAAUUUCUUGAGUCAAAACAACUUUAUAUACAUGAUUGUGCUGUAAAACACAAUAUUAUAAACAUUUUCUCAAUGACCUCAAUCAAACAACAUUUAUAUAAGAACCUUUCUCCAAAUUUUAGGCUAAAGAGGUUUUUAUAUAGAAAGGGUCUAAAUUGCAAAUUUUAGCCUAACAGGUUCUUAAAUCUUACGUUCUUACUUGUGGGUUUUUACUGUACAUUACGUACUAUUUUCAAGACAGCUCCCAACUGGCUUGGUACAAUCAGGGACAAAGUUGACACAUUUGCCUAAAAUGGGCGCUUUUAUCAAUGAUUUCAUUCUGUUACUUUUUCAUUCUAUUUAAACGCCGUUAAUCCCCCUCACCCCCGAUUCAGUGUUGUUUGUAGGAAAAGAAAGACUUGAGGGUCUAAAAUACAACGUUAGUUUUGGGGGGAGGGGGUGGUGAUACACUGAGGGAGGGGAAAGGUAUGUCCACUGUUCAAAAAGGGGCCAUUUUAUAGAAGUGUCUCAACAUUUAUGUCCCUCAUUGUACCUCAAUCUGUGAGAGCGCUACAUCGCGGUAUCGCAGAGGUCAGGGUUUAGUUUUUUCAGGCUUUCUUUUGGCAACUGCAUAAGGUGCGUUGUUAACUGCGAUAAUCUUCUUUGCAUUUAUUUCUUCAUUCCGCGCUUCUAAUGUAUGAAAUUCGUAUAGUCAUCAUUUAAUUUGAUAUCAGCAAUAUACCUGCAAUAUCAGCAUGCUCGCCUUAUAUUAUUAAUUAUUAUCAAGCUGAAAAGAAUCAAGUGAAGUCUGAAAAUCGAACCGUACAGCACAGCUACGGUUUAUUGAGUUAUUUUAUGUAUAUAUUUUUGAAACUUAAAUUUACAAGGGAUGUAAACGCCUAUAGUGUAUUUCCCCUUGUAGCAAUUCUGCAGUGAUCAAAAUUUUUCGUUGUUGUUGCUUGGGCUGUCCUGUCUACGAAAAGUGGGUUGCCUCUUUGCACUUAUUCGGAGAGACCCCUUGUAACUCGUUUUUCUCUUCCUGUCGUAGUCCUGACAACGGCUCAAGCUCUAGCGGUGGUCAUGGUGAUAGCAGAAGCCCACAGAUUUUGGCAAAAGCGGUUCAAGUUCAUCCAGAUAUUCUUAAAGGCAUGUACUUUGCUUGAGGACACAUUCUCCUCAAUACAGAAAGAUAGUCUCGUAUAUCAAGGCAUCAAAUUAAUAAAGGUCUGUUAAACUGACCGUAAUCCACAAAAGAAAUCUAUCGUUUUAUAUGUGGAAUGAUAUGUGUUUUAUUUAAUGAGUUUUUAAUAUAGCGAAGUUUUAUCUCAAACUGAUACAAAGUAUCGUAUCAAUAUAAUGUACUAUGGACUUUAACAUCUCAGAUGUGCUUUUAACGAAGAGAAUUUAAAUCAUAUGGACUUGAAAACUAGUAAAAUAUAAGUCAAUAUUUUAUUUUAGUAAAUAAGAUACUCGAGGGCGCCUGUGAGGGCGAGAUUUGACGUCAUUUUCCCGUCAUUUUACUUUUCCAUUGGAAAAGUUAGCAUGGUUAUUUUUUAGCUUUUUUUAUUGAUGGCUGAAUUUAAGCCCUCUCCCGAGCACAGAAUCUGACGUCAUGACGGCUGUCGCGUUUUCUCCGCCAAAAUGAUGCUCGUUCACGCGUGCUCGCUACUUUGUAUUGAGAAAACCUCAGAAUCUUAAGGUAGCUAUUAUAACUAGUAUUUAACCAGAUGCAUAUUAAUUCACUAUCGUACGCAAAACACUAUGCUCGCAUUCUUUGGGUAGAGUGAAAGUUGCUCAGAGAGACUACUUGUUGAGCCUUCAGGUGGCAUAUCGUCAAAAUAUUUGCUGGUGAAACGGUUUACGUUGCAUAAGCCUCGACUUUAUGUUAGUCCCAGUUCACCGCUGAGAAUACGAAAACUCGAGCGAAC